AUGGGCUGCGCUUGCAGACCCACAAAGACAUCCGGCAAGCUCAUCCUUCCCCCAUUUCCUCUAGCUACAAUAGCCAUCAUAGCCUGCAAGCUUCUUGCCGGAUUGUCCAAGCAUGCGCUUGCGCUGGUAGCUAUACUAGCAACCAUCUUUGCUCUCACCUUUCCCCUGAGCGAGACCACGGCAGGAGGCAACUAUAACCUGCACUACCUGCCUGCUUCUCUGCGGCGGAACCUGCGCCCUCAAAUUGGCGCUUUCUACGCGGGAGUCACAGAGGUUGCUGGUCGGCCAUUUCCUGCCUACUCACUGGUCCCCGAAGCCCCGAUUAGUCUUUACAUCCCAGGCGCAGGCUUCCUCUGGUCGGACGACUUGACUUGGGAUAUCGCCUCGCAUGACUUCCGAUGGAAAGAUGGGACGGAGCAGACAAUCGCUCCGGACCAGGCAAGCGCGCUAGACGCCAUCGAAGACAAGAUUUUUCACGUCAGGCCCAACCAAUCCCGGAUCAUCUUCUCAGACAAGUUCAAUACAGUUGGCCCUUGGUUCCUCCAGCAGGUGCCCACCGGCCAGUUUGACCCCUCGGAUCCGGUGCUGACGGCUCGUAUCUGGCCCGGCCAGCUCGUAUAUCUGCGCCAAUUCCAGACUGGUGACUUCGCCACGGCCAGCAUGGACGGGCUUGCCAUCAGCGACAUGUACGAGGACAUGCUUGACGACGACGUGCGCCGGUUCUACGUCAGCGCACAUCAUGAGGAUGAAUUCGCACCGCUAACCGCCUUCGCCACAUCAAGCGCCUCCGAACACGCAUCCCCACUCUCCACAUCCAUCUGGCAGAUCGUCUACGACGCACACCGGGACACCGGCUUCCGGCUAUGGAACAAAGCCGCCAACUGUUUCCUGGCCACGAGCUACCGCACCUACCCUAACAUGCGCGGGCGCACGUGGAACGAUACCAUCCUCGAGGCCAUGCAUCUCGAGCUGGAGGCCUGCUGCACGUAUCCGGCAUCUCGCGCUGCAUCAAGCUUCCAUGCGGUGGACGGCGUGCCCAAGCCCAGCACGCCUCUUCCUUGGUUCUCGCGCUCGCCCUUGCAAUCAACGUCUCGACUGUCGCAGCUCCGCACACAUGGCCACUCCGCAUUCGCCCUCAUGCGCGCAGUAUGGGCGCUUUCGCGUUUCCGCGGGAACCAUGCCCAUCUGCAGGAUAUGCCGGGUGCAACGGCGCGGCUGCAUUUGGGCGUCCCGUACACGACCGGGUUGAGCCGCGCUAUCUCUACAGUGAUCUUCUGCUGUAUUCUGAUGCAUCUGGGCACGGCAAUAUACUCGCGGCGCUGGAGCGGGGUAUCCCAGAAGCGGCAGGUCACUGCGAGUGCUGUCGUGAUGCUACAGUUGGGGUACCUCGUGCUGUAUCUGGUUCGGAGUGUGCUCUGUGGGGGGGACAUGCGGGAGGGUCAUUUUGCGUUGGGGGUCGCAUGGAUUGGCAUCGUGGACUGGUUUUCUGUAGUCCAUUCUCUCUCCUGA